AGAACAAUUUAGAGAAGAUUACUCGCCCAGCAACAUCUCAAAACCACUGAUCCCAGUUCCUUGGCUUGCUGCUAAACCCUUUCAUCAGAGUCCAUCAUAUGGAGUCAAUAGUAAGAAGCAAGAAGUAGCAAUGAAAGAAAACAAAGAGAAUGUCUACCAGAAAUCUGACUUGGACGGCACCACUCACAACAGUGUUUUAGUAGAACUAAAGGAGAAGUUCCCUGGGGUACAUUUAGAUCACCAGAAUACAAGUAACAAGGGUAAGAAGUAUACUGGAAUUAUUAAAAAAGAGAGCAGGAAGUUAUCACUCCUCACCUGUGAAAGUCUUGCAAGUUUUAUAGGUGGAAAGCGUUCGCCUACGGAUGAUGUUAUUUUGACUUCACCAUCUCGGAACAAGAAAACAAAAUCUCCUAUAGGGUUUAUGAAAGAUGGUCUUUUCUUGGAAUCUGGAAAGGAUGAAUGCAGUAACACCAAGACCAUGACCCACUUGUCCAUUAGAGAAGACAAUACAAGAAAUGAUAUCUUUAUGGCAUCACCUGUUCAGAAAAAGAAAGACAGUCAUCACUGUGUUGAGGCAGAAGAUCUAACAUGCCAGCCACACCAAAUAUUAAAUUUGGAGGAAGAACUGAAAGACAGUCAAUGUUCAAACAGCAGUGUUGUAGAAAUAUCAGAGUUAAGCUUGAGUUCUAAACAGAUAAAGGCUAAAAAACACCUACCUAAGACAGAGAGGGUAAUUGAUGGUACCAUCAAUGACUGCUGUCCAAGUGAAGGAAAUGGAGAUGAUGAUGACGACGAUUUAUCUCCAAACUUUGUAAUCCGGAGGCAACCUGGCAAGAAGAGGCCUCUUCAGCAGUAUUGGCAGAAUCGAAGUGUGGUCCAGGACAGUGGUGUUCUAGAUCAUCUGGACAAGCAAAAACUUCUACUACAGGAGAGCAUGUAUGAAGUAGUAACCUCUGAGCAGUCAUACCUUGACAGCCUUACAGUGGCUGUGGAUCACUUCAUGCAUUCGCCAGACCUUGACAUUGCCCUUGGGCCCAGGGACAGAAAAUCACUUUUCUCCAGUAUCGGCAAGAUCAAGGAAAUCAGCUCUUUGUUUCUGGAGGACCUAAAGGAAAAACUGGAAGGAAAUUUGUUCUGUGACAUCUGUGAUGUCAUUCUGCAUCAUGCUAGGAAUAACUUUUCUGCCUAUGUUGACUAUAUUCGGAAUAUGCUCUACCAAGAGCAGACGCUGCAUAACCUAAGUAAAGAGAAUCCUCAGUUUGUGGAGAUACUCUCUCACCUUCAGCAGGACCCAAAGUGUAAUCGUCUGCCCCUGAAGUCGUUUUUGGUUUUACCAUUCCAGAGAAUCACCCGUAUAAAAAUACUGGUGGAGGUAUGCCUACUUAAGAAGUAAAUCUAUAAUCUGACCUUGGGUAAUAACUAAAUGCUGUUUUAUUAGUUUGAGCCAGCUAAAGGACACUGCAUGAUUAGAGGGUUUUCUGUGUGAAAGAUGAAUCCCACAAGACUCAGUUUUUAGUUCAUCAAAUAUCCUCAACAUUUGCCCCAAUUCCCAGAGUUUCAAUAAGAUAUGUAUGCAGGCCUGUUGUGAUCCGAUUGGCUGAGCAGUCUGUGUUAACUACAGUAUCCGCGACUGGCCAGUUAAGGUAAAGUGAGACUUGUUGUACAUGCUCAA